CGAGUUGCCGGGGCAACGGAGGCGCUUCGGCUCGAAACGGCUGAACCUCGGCGCCGUCCUCCGCGAUGAAGGAUGAUCUUCGAGGCAAGGACAUUACCAGCGAGAUGCCAGAGCGGUUUGAAAUUGCUUCAGGUUUAGAGGAAACCUUUAUGUUUUGAAUUUCGGGCUUUCCUACUUUUUGCUGUUUCCUCAGUGGACCAACGUUUCACCUAUCAGGAGAGCACAUCUCGAUCCCUCUGCUUCUGAUUGGCUCGAAACGAAUUGUCCGCAAGUGACUGGUUGGCAGGGAGCCAGUCAGAGCGCAGGUGGGAUUCCUCUGGCGGUGCUUGUUGAUGAACAGCUGCCCUACCAAGCCCUUCCAGUAUACAGUUUUAAGAAAGACUUUAACCAUUUGAAUUCGCAGUAGCAAUGGCAACUAAACAGUGUGAAAAGGAGAUGUUGCAACAGGUAAAUCAACUAUGGAGUUUGCUGGAUGAUAUGUCUGAAAACAGCCCCGAAGCAUAUCGAAAAUUUAUCCAGCAUCACUUAGAAGAGGGAAUGAAGCAGUUCAGUCCACCAGAGGCUUACAUCUGCUUUCAGACAAGAAUAUUGGAACUGAAUGAGAAGCUACUGUAUGUAAAUCUUUGCACCUGGAGUAAGGUCCCUGCUCCAAAGUCAGAAUCAGAUCCAGUGCCUCUUGGAGGGGGGAGGUUGGAAGAAACAUUAGAGGGCACAGAGAUUUAUUCAAUUACCGACGUUGCAUACAACCCAGAAGUUCUUAAGAAAGGAGAUGAAGAUCCUGUGGAAAAGGACCAAUUGAUUCGUUUAGCUAUAAAAUAUAUCGAAGAGCAGCAUUCUGUACAAAUAUCGCACUCUUACACCCUACUUAAAGGCAAACUAAAAGGAAGUAAAAAACAGAUGAAGCGACGACUGACAGGAGAGGCUGACACUAUGCAAACUGCCAAGCAAAUGUCAUCAGGAGACAGUGGUGUCUCAUUGCUUCAGAAACUAGCAAUGCUGAAAUCAGCAGACGAGGAAAAUGAAGAAAAUAAUACCCCAAUUUGCUUGCCGAGUGAUAUCAAACAUCCUAAGAAACAAGGACUCAUUGAAGAGAUUUCAAGUACAGAAUUUGACAGUGGCAUUAAAGUAGAGAGUCCAAAGUAUGAAUUAUUGCUCAUUAAAGAUGAAAACGCAAAGGCAAAAAUAGUUCAAUUGACGGUAGAGCUGCCUGGAGUGUUCUCUGUCAAAGAAUGUGAUCUCAGUGUUUCAAAGGAUGACCUUGUUAUUGAUGUAGCCGAGAAAUACAGACUGCAGCUUGAUCUACCUGAAACGAUUAGUGAAGACAGUGUCACUGCAAAAUUCAACAAAAAGUCUCACAUCCUGUCUGUGGAGAUGCCUAUCAAAUAACUAUUAAAUCUCUCUCUCAAUGAAAUAUAUAUGUUUUACAUUUAAUUAAAACAGAGCAGUACUAAAUUUAAGCAAAUUGUCUACUGACUGUCAUUUGAAAAGGACAGAUUAUAACUGGAUGAAAAAUUGGAUAAAACAAACAUUCUAAUUUACAUAUGUAUAAAACAUACAUUUCACAAUACAUCCUUUUUCAGUCCAACUAGUCCAUGUGUUCACCCAGUACUGAAGCCUCCUCUAAUCCUUCCUCAUCUAACACCAUAACCUUCUAUUCCCUUAUGUGCCUAUUAAUUUCUACAUAACUGCACCUGUGCUAUUUGCCUCAACUAUUCUGUCAUGACAAAUCCUGUACACCCAAUCUGAUUUCUUGACUACUUAAUGUUGAUGGCUUCUAGUAUUGCCCUUGACAACAAACGGUAACCCAUCUGCCUUUGUACCAACUUAAUGUAGAUGCACAUAUUUAAAACAAAAUUCCACUGGAACAUCUCUUGGCUUUCUCUUUUCAAUGAAAAGGCUCUACCUUCAUCAUCCUCUCCAAAUAGAGACAAACCUCAUACUUCAUCUAUCAUCUUCACAAAUUGUUUUUGAGUUCUUGCCAUUACCAUCUUCUAUAAUGUAAUGACCAAGCACAAUGCAGUAUGCACAUGUGGUCUAACAAGAAUUUAAUACCAGUUUAUCAUUACUUCCCUAGAAAGAAAUAACUGAAAAGUAGAGAUUAUUCAAAUUUAAUUACAAUAUGCAUGCAACUUAGAAUGAAAUUAACCUAAUAUAAAUGAACCUUGUUAUAAUUCUUGAAAAUUUCAAACUAAAUUUGACAAUCCCACUGAAGAGGGUUGCAACCUGUUCUGUGAGACCAUGUAAUGUGUAUGUUUACAAUAAAAACUGCUUA